UGGAGGGUAGUACUGGGUUUCCCCCAGACACCUGUGAUCCCCAACCCUGAAGGGCAGGGUGGUGACGCCCCUUCCUUUCGAGGAUAGGCCCACAGCUUGCCUCAGACUCCCCACCCCACUCCCACCUCCGAGUACUCUGCAGGUGCCUCCCUAUACUCUUACUGGCAAAAUUGUGCAAUUCUCAGAGACACAGGAGGGCAGAGCUCGUGCCUCCCCUUUGUCCCCUGCUGGUCAUCCUCAAGAACAGGACCGGAUGAACCCUGUAGAUUCCCAGUGAAAGGGAAAUGACUCCAUCAGAUGCCAAAGAGCAAGACCCUUUUCCUACAACUCCCCAAAGAGGGCGUCCCUUAACCCCCGUCGCCCCACUACCACCACCACUAGACCCUCAAGGGCAGUUCCGUGGACCUCCCCAAAUCUCAAAAGAUAGGUUCCAGGUUCCCACAUCCACUGGCCUUCCCACACCACGAGGGUAGGGAUGGGCGCCCCCACCUCCGUACAUCUGUUAGGAGCUCCAGAUUGCAGGGCAGGGAGGUGCUUCUCGGAAAACGAAAACCGCCGGGGCGGGGCGGGAACCUUAGGGGAAAGAGGAAGUGCCGGCGACAACUCGACCAGUCACCGCGGAGGCUCCAGGGAGGCCCGCCAUGGCUGCAGGAGUUCCUGGUGCGGAGUCCGCGAUGCCUGCCUCCUUCAUGGCCUCCCUACCUCUGGCUGCGCUCAACAUGCGAGUGCGGCGCCGCCUGUCGCUGUUCUUGAACGUGCGGACACUGGUGGCGGCCGACUGGACCACACUGGCGGAGGAGAUGGACUUUGAAUACUUGGAGAUCCGGCAGCUGGAGACGUUUGCCGACCCCACCGGCAGACUGCUGGCCACCUGGCAGGGACGUCCCGGCGCCUCGGUAGGCCGGCUGCUCGAGCUGCUCGCCAAGGUGGGCCGCGAGGACGUGCUGGUCGAGCUGAGACCCAGCAUUGAGGAAGACUGCCAAAAGUAUAUUUUGAAGCAGCAACAGGAAGAGUCUGAGAAGCCCUUACAGGUGGCCGCUGUAGAUAGCAGUGUCCCACGGACAGAGGAGAUGAUGGGCAUCACCACACUUGAUGACCCUCUGGGGCAAAUGCCUGAGCGUUUUGAUGCCUUCAUCUGCUACUGCCCCAGCGACAUCCAGUUUGUGCAGGAGAUGAUCCAACAACUGGAACAGACAAAUUAUCGGCUGAAGCUGUGUGUGUCUGACCGCGAUGUCCUGCCUGGCAUCUGUGUCUGGUCCAUUGCCAGUGAGCUCAUUGAGAAGAGGUGCCGCCGGAUGGUGGUAGUUGUCUCUGAUGAUUACCUGCAGAGUAAGGAAUGUGACUUCCAGACCAAAUUUGCACUCAGCCUCUCUCCAGGUGCCCAUCAGAAGCGUCUAAUCCCCAUCAAAUACAAGGCAAUGAAGAAAGAGUUCCCCAGCAUCUUGCGGUUCAUCACUAUCUGUGACUACACCAACCCCUGUACCAAAUCCUGGUUCUGGAUACGUCUUGCCAAGGCCUUGUCCUUGCCCUGAAGACUGCUUUGGGACUGUGCGUGUGUGUGCAUCUAUCUGCCUGUCCAUGUACUUCUGCCCCUACCUCCCUCUUCAUUUGAAUCAGAGCUCUACUUGCCUCUCAAUUCCUGAAGAUGUCUACUCCACAGACAUGUCUGCAGCUGAGCUGCUGGACAUCAUCACAUCCUAUAUCCUAUAUGGAAUCAGUGACUGAGUGGCACAUAAGCUGCUGCUAGGUUAUCAGCUAGAACAGUGAAGAACAGGACCAGCUGGGACUAAGGAGGACCAGUAGAGCUAGCUCUGAGCCAUUCAUACAUCUUUGGCUUCAAUUUCCCCACUUUAGAUAGGGAUGGGGAGAACAGGCAGUAGCUGUAUUUGAAUGACUGGAGAAAAUGGUGAAGCAUUGUUCUGGGUCUUGGGGGGGGGGGGCAACAAGAGCUCACCCUCUUAGCUGAGGGUGAGCUGCCCACUGCUGGGACUGUGGCAUUGCUGGGAAAACUGCUUCCACCUUGGCGCCUACUGAUGCUUCAGUGCAUCAUUGCACACCUCGCAUCCCACUGCCUCCUGCCCACAGGGCAGUGGGGAAGCCGACUGGCCCAGCACAAGGAGAUCCCACCUUGAGCCUGAUUCCGUAAUGGGUACCCCUCUCAUCUGCAUCUUUGACUCCUCCCAGUCUCCACCUUCAACAAUGACAAGUCCCUGAAGACACUGGCAUACAUAGCUGAGGCUGCUUUUUACUUCUACCUGUCAAGGUGUCUGGGGUCACCUUCUCAGCUCACCUGGCAUGAGAUAGGAUCCUGGCCUCUGGUAAACCAUCGAAUAUGGGUUCUGGGGCUGGAUCACCAUAGCAAUAUGAGCAGGAACUUUCCUUCAUGGCCACCCACAGAAAGCUUUCCCACCAACUUUCUGCUCCUCAACUGCCUUACAAAUUUGUUUACAAAUAGCUACCACACAAGAGCCUCCUACCCCUCAUAGACAUAUACAAACUCAGACACACAAAGACACAUAUACGUACACAUGCACUGUCACACACACAGGCACCUGCACACACAUUUUUGGGGGGUAGCUCCGAGGAAUGGCUACCUGGGUUGGUUUUGUAUUCCUUUUCUCUUUUUCCCUAUUCACUGAAACCAAACUCUGGAAAGGACCCAGUGUACCAGUAUUUAUAUCCUCAAUGAAGUACAAAGAGAAGAAGAGAAUUGCUUGAACUCAUACAACAGGAGAGCCACAGACACACCUGAUCUCUCCCUCCCAGGGCAAUUUGUACAUUACCCUCAUUCCUACCUUCUGGAAGGAAAUGUCAUGGUCUCAGAUAUCCAUGCCAAAGGGUAGACCCCAGGACUCCAAAUCCAAUAGAAAAUGGGUCCUUUCUCUGUUCCACCUCCAGUUAGGCUGGAACAAAGUGCCUUCUCUCAGGGUCUUGGGAAUAGAGACCCCUCUCUGUAUGAUCUUGACAGCUGCCAUGGACCUGUCCCCCUUUGAUAGUGGGCAUUUUAGAAGCAAUUUCAGGAAAGCAUCUUUUACACCUAUUUGCCAUUUCUCCUGUUUCCUAGGUUUAUAAUAAAGAAUAUUUUACUUUGGAAA